GGAAGAUUUCCCUCCCCGCUCACGCCGUGAACGAAGGUUCCUGCCAGGCAAGGGCAGAGCGAGCUAGGCGCGCUCGAUGGAUCUGGCUCGGCGGACGCACAUUGACGAGGCGCUGUCGAUUCCUCGGUUCCGGGAGCUAGGUUUUGGGCGAAUUGUGCUGGAUCGGUGAGCUCGUCCGUCUCCAUAUGUCCGGCUUCUCCUUCUUCGUGUUCGCGCUGUGCUUCUUAGUGAGAUUUCUCCGAGCUCUCUUCGCGAUCGACGUUGUAAAUUUAGCUCAUUCCUUCCUUGUGGACUGAGAAGAAAGGGCGAAGAAUUCUUUGAUGGGAAGCGCUUCUUCCAAGAGCAGCACCAGCACUUACUAUGCCGAGCCAUCGCCCAGAUCGUCGUCAAACGAGCCGUCGCCGAGAGGUCUUCCAAAGUCGCUGGAUAGGAGGUUCUCCAGCAAAUAUUCUCACAUUGGCGACCAAUUCGGCACGAUAGAGCAGGUCCAGGAGGCCCUACACAAAGCUGGCCUGGAAUCCUCCAAUCUUAUCGUGGGUAUUGAUUUCACGAAAAGCAACGAAUGGACAGGAAAGCGUACUUUCAACGGGAGGAGCUUGCAUGCUCUUGGAGACCACCAGAAUCCAUACGAGCAGGCGAUUUCCAUCAUUGGACGCACCCUCUCGAAGUUCGACGAGGACAAUUUGAUUCCAUGCUUUGGCUUUGGAGACGCCUCGACUCACGACGAGCACGUCUUUGGCUUCUAUCCGGAGCAAAGGCCGUGCCAAGGAUUUGAGGAAGCUCUCUCGCGAUACAGAGAGAUUGCGCCGAAUGUCCGCCUCGCAGGCCCAACAUCUUUCGCACCAAUCAUUGAAGCUGCAAUGGACAUUGUUGAGCAAAGUGGAGGCCAGUAUCAUGUCCUACUUAUCAUCGCCGAUGGCCAGGUAACCAGGAGUGUUGAUGUAGAAAAUGGAACACUGAGCCCUCAAGAGCAGAGUACAGUGGACGCGAUCGUUGCAGCCAGUAAUCUUCCAUUGUCUAUAGUUCUUGUUGGUGUUGGAGAUGGGCCAUGGGACAUGAUGCGACAGUUUGACGAUAACAUUCCUCAGCGAUUGUUUGACAACUUCCAAUUUGUGAACUUCUCGGAAAUUAUGUCCAAGGGUGCUCAGAGGGAAGCAUCCUUCGCGCUGCAGGCGCUAAUGGAAAUCCCGGCGCAGUACAGGGCGACAAUGGAGCUCGAAAUCCUGGGGCAAACAACAGGAAGCUACGCUGUGAAGAAGCCACUAUCACCCCCACAAUCGGUGUUGCGAGCUGACGCCGGGCGAUCGAACAGCUCGGCUUAUAGUCGCCCGCCAGCGGCACCACCAACACCGCCGCAAGCAGCAGCAAACUAUGAGCACCAGCUUUGUCCCAUUUGUUUGAGCGAGAGAAAGGACCUAGCUUUCGGCUGUGGCCACCAGACGUGUAGAGACUGUGGAAAAAGCUUGGCGAAUUGCCCGAUCUGUCGCCAGAGAAUCACAACACGAAUUCGUCUCUACUGACGAUCCCUCUCGCGCGAAAAGAAAAUUGUAAAUUUUUUUUAACAGUGUUUUCCGGUCGACCGUUAACGCUAAAGGUCGAAUAUCCCGCCUUUCAAAAA